GGUUAAGCAUUGGAGGUGGGGAAUUCUUUUCUAUCUUCUUGCUUCGAUUCAUAUGCAUGGUACUCUGUGUCUGUUCUCUAUUCCUGAUAUCUCCUUUCUUUUUCUCAUCAUGUGAAUUCGAAUUACUAUACAUAUUGGGUUAGAGAUGACUUCCGAGUUCUCAACAUUGUUAUUGGCCUUCCUUUGUAAUUUUGUGUCACUGAUGAUACAGUCCAUGGCAGUUGGCAGGAAAGUCCGGGGAGAAUGAUUGAAAAACAGCAUUUUUUUUUUUAUUGGUUAACUAUGUCGGUUGAAACAUUUCCCCCUUGUUUCUCUUCAGCUUCACAGUUGAUUGUUAAUUAGAUGGAGGAAUGACUACAAGGAACACCUCAACAGAACAUAUGAUUUAUCAAGCGGGCUGCUUCUCAGUUUAGCAGAGUGCAGACCAAUAUUGCAUUAAACUUGCUUAAAAUAUUGUCUGUUUUCUUUCUGCAAGGCUAUUCAGAUGUCAUGAUUAAUGGCUCAUGGUUACUAUGGGAUAUGUUGAUUCAAGAGUUUAUAUAUAUCAAUCAGUGACAAUCCGUGAUUCUUUUAUUAAAGUAUUGACAAGGUCCUCAUAGGAUCUUCUCUAUACAGUUCUUCAUCCUAUCCUUGCUUCCUUGUGACAAGAGGACGAUGGUUUCUUUCUCCCACACACAUCAUGAAAAUGGUUUCAAACACAUAUGCACGUGUGAAUUUGUUUGUUCCUGUAUAAGUUUUUUCAUGCUUAUCUCUGGUUUGGCGUCAUCAGGUAAGUGAAGAAUCAAAUUCAUUCAAUUAGUUCAGGCUUUUCAACUUUCAGCUGCUAAUAUUUACUGCAACAGCAAUUUGCUAGGUAAUGGUUAGGCCAUAGUGAAGUACGAUGAAGGGUUCAUGUAAGAAAGAUUUUGGCCUACGUUCUGCUCAUUCAACAUCCCCUGAUUUUCUUGGAUGCUCAUCAUGGAAAACUUCAUCUGGAUUUCAUGGACAAGAAUCACCUAUGUCCAAAGGUUUGAGCUUAAACAUGGGAGUUCUUCCACAACAAUGUCUUAAUACUAAGCUGUCUAGUUUUCCAUUUCAAGAACAACUCUCAUCUUCAACUCAACCAAAUGAGCAAUCUUAUCCUAAAGGUGUUUCGGCAAAUUCAGGUCAGUUUUCUAUGCAAUAUAGCAGUUCUUCUGAGGGAAUGUCCUUGGGAGGUCUCAUCAGGUCAUCUGUGGGGAGGCAGGAUUUUGCCUUCGCUUCUCCAUUUCUGGAUCAUAACAAAUCAACUAUUCAUCAUGCUCAACUAAUGGGAAUGGCUCCUCUUCGACUUCCACUUCCACUUGACUUCACUGAAGAACCCAUAUUUGUGAAUGCAAAACAAUAUCAUGCAAUUCUGAGGCGAAGACAGCAUCGAUCAAAACUCGAAUCACAGAACAAACUCAGCAAAACGCGGAAACCAUAUCUUCACGAGUCUCGGCAUCUACAUGCGUUGAAGAGAGCCAGAGGUUCCGGUGGACGCUUUCUUAACACCAAGAAGCUUCAAGAAUCAUCAGAACUACCUUCAGCAAGUCAAUAUGAAACAGAACCUGAGUUUCUUGGGUUAGAAAAUUGCAGAGGCAGCGCACCCACCUCCACUUGUUCUGACAGCGACAACAUAUUACAGCAACAACAUGAAUCAAAUUUGAGGUUGUCCAGAAGAUAUCCUUCUAAUGUUGGAAUCAAUGUGCAUAGUUUCUCAGUUGACCAUAUGAGUGGUGAUGAGAAUCAGCAUGGGUUGUCUGUCUUCAUGUGACAGAUUUGAAAGGGGAAGUUAUAGCGGUUAUUCUUGUUUCAUCUUUCGGUUGGAAAAAGAUCACUGCUUGAUUGAAUCCCUUGGGAAGUCAUCCUCGGCUCAUUUUAUGUUGUGUAUUUCUAUUACUAGCUUGUUUAAGGAGAGAUUUUUAGGUCUUUGCUAUAUAUUUAAUUAGAUUAAGUAUGU